CCUAGAUCCCACAGGUGACGCAUCGACCAGCUCAGCAUGUGGCCUUUCAAGAUGCAAUGGCCGCUGCGGCUGCGUGCUUGAGAGCUCCAGCGCCAGCGCGGCUUGUGCCGGUGAUGGUGAGCCGAUUUGAGGAGGAGCUUCGCUUUGGCCUCCAUGCCUUCGCCCAGAGGUCGCCCCAGGGCGGCGUGGCCGCCAAGGCGCCGACCAAGGCGGCCAAGGAUCCUCCGGACACGAUGCGCGUCUUGUGCCUGCACGGCUACUUGCAGAACGGUGAUGUCUUUAAGCAGAAGACGGGCUCCCUCCGUCGUGUGCUGAAGGGAUGCGAGUUCACCUUCCUGGAUGCCCCACACGAGGCGGAGCCCUUCCCGGAUGCCACCGGGGAGGAUGCCGAAGCCAGUGCCAGUGCCGAAGGAGGUGUGCUUCGCGGUUGGUGGAGCUCUGGAGAGAACCAGUGCAGAAAGGAUGGCCAGGAGUGGGUUCGCCCCGCCCAGUCAUUUUCAUACUUUGGAUUUGAGGAAGGUGUCACGUAUGCCCGAGCGGCUGCCGCUGAGGCCCUGGGGUCACAGGGCAGCUUCGAUGGCGUCCUUGCCUUCUCACAAGGCUGUGCAGUGACCACCGCCUUGCUACGGGAGGCUCAAAGCAUGGAAGGCCAUCCAUUGGCCUCGGUGCGCUUCGUGAUCCUCGUGGGGGGCUUUGUGCCCAAGGACCCGGCCGUGGCGGCCAAGCUGCGGGGCGAUGGUGACACGAGGUUGAGCCUUCAGUCGUUGCAUGUCUCAGGCGUGAACGACGUGUCGGUGCCGCGGCUCCGGAGCGAGGCCUUGGCGGAGCUGUGCGGGGCCCAAAGGCGGCCCCUGGGAUGCCCGGGCGUGGUGGGGAAAAGGGAAGAUAGACAGAUAGAUAGACAUACUGUACAUGCAUACAUACCAUAAAUGCAUACAAUACAUAUAGAUCAAUUCAAUGGAUUCUUGUUACACAUCCAAGUUCAAGUAGUCAUUGCUUUGUGAUGUAACAGUGAUGUAUUGGGUUUGUUAAUGUUUUCGUGUUUCCAUUUUUCUGCCUGUAAUAUACAUCCAAAGCGGCCUGGACCAGGUGGACAUUUGAAGGCUUGAGAAGCGAGAGAGAGAGAGAGCUUCUUAUUAAGGUGGGUGGGCGCGGUGCUUGAAACUCGAUGGAGCUUGAGAAGCGAUUGAGAAGCGACGGCAUUGACGGUCCAGUUCCCGAGCAGCGACCAGCAAGUGCAUCGAACUUCCCAGCAAGUGCCAUGUCGCCGUGGCCCAACGGGGUUCCCGGAGUCGAACUCGGACGACCCGCCGCCAUCCGCGGGUGGAGCGCCCCGAGGUACGAGCCCUCGCAGGUGGCCUGGUUCGAUCAUCCGGGCCGCCACGGGCUGCCGAACGGCACCGGCGCCUUCAAGCAGGAGUUGCAGGCGCUCCUGAGUCGGAGUCGGGGUGUCUAGGAGAAAGUCCGCGGGCCGUGCGAAA